AUGACUGGUUACUAUCCCAUUGUCGGUCGAAAGGACACCAAUGCCAUCUUCGACCGCCUUGCUAUCGAGGAAUUGCAGUCAAAGCAACCUCGUCAAUUCACUUUGUUCAUCAUCGCGUAUCUCGCUAUCCAGCAACGUCCUUUACAAGAGGGCAUCUUCGCCAGUAUCGGUUUAAAGGAUCCAGCAGGUUCUUUCGACGCCAUAGCUGGAAUCCACGGCAGGCCCUUUACCGAGUGGCUCGGCGACCAAAGGCCCCCGGCAGAGCAAGUCACUGACUUUAGUCACAACGACAAGAAGGAUACACUUCCAGUCCCAUCUCGGUUUGGAGGGUACUGCAAUCACGGUGCCGUGUCUUUCCCACCUUGGCACCGUCCUUAUGUCUUGCUCAUUGAGCAAUCCAUUGGGAACAUAGCAAAGGAAUUGGCAGCGCAGAUUGAGAGUGUCAAUCCAGGUGAAAAGGGAUUGUGGACUCCAGCUGCAGAGCAGCUUCGCUUUCCGCAAGUUUUCGUUUCCAUUGCAUCCCCGCGAAGUCCUGGUCUUCCUCCUGUCCUCAAGGAAGACACAGUGAAAAUCCAGCUUCUGAAAGAUAAACCCCUAGUCGAUGUUCCCAAUCCCCUCUCUUACUACCCAUACUUUAACGGUGUAGUACCAGGUGACUUCAAAGAUACCACUUAUACGUAUGGAACUUCAUACUUCGCGCAAUGGAAGCGUACCUACCGUUACGCGGACAGCACUCCUACACCACCUGGAAGCAACGUAGCAGCUCUUGACGCGGCAUUCAAGGAAGCAGUCCCUGGUCUCAGGGCUAAAGUUGUACGAUUGUUCACGUUCCAUGAUAACGAGGACCCUGCGAAAACCUGGGAUGAAUUUUCUAACCACCGCAUGCAAUCCAAGGGACCCAAUGACGAUUACAUCCAUGGUUCACUUGAAGGUGUACACGAUACUGUGCACAGUCUCGUAGGAGGUAAUGGGCAUAUGAGUGAUCCUGACUAUGCGGCCUUCGAUCCCAUCUUCUUUUUGCAUCACUCCAAUGUCGAUAGGCUUUUCGCCUUAUGGGAAUGGUGCUACUCCAAAUAUUGGAUGAUACCUACUUACGAUGAUGACGGCGAGGCGCAUGCUUUUACUCAGGAACUCGGGACCUACCAUCAAGUGUACAAUGAAGCUGUCACCCCCGAAGGCGAUUUAGCUCCCUUCAGGAAUGGCGAAGGAACAUACUGGACAUCCGAUCAGGCGCACUUUUUGGACCCCACUUCCCCAAAUUUCUACGCUAAGUACUACUCUUAUCCGAAUUUCCAAGGUAUCAAAGUCGAGCAGCCUGCUACUGAGGCGCAGCGCCUCAAAGGUAGGGCGGAUGUGGCGAAGUUUUACGGCUACAACCCCCACCAGUCUGUCACGGGAACACAUCCCUCAUUUUUGGUUCCAAAGUUGCCACUCAGCAUUCCUAAUGGUUUCAACGUAAUUCCAAACUAUCGGCCAUUUGUUGUUCAAGUCCAGCUCCGAGAACAUGCUUAUGGCAGGGCUUACAACUUCCACUUGACAUAUAAAACAGCACUGGGCGCUGAGAAGCAUGUCGGCUCCGUCAGUGUCUUUUCUCGAGUUGACACUUCGCCUUGCGAAGGUUGUGCCGCUCGUCGCUCAGCAGGAUCCAUUGUUCUUGGUAUCAUCCCUAUCACUGACAGCAUUGUGGAAGAAAUCCUCCGCGCAGCACCUGCUAACAUCGUCGGCGCAGUUGCUACUGGCAUAUUUAGCGCAGCAACUGCUGUCGCAACCGGAAACUUUGGCGGAAUAUUGGGCCACAUCAAGGGCAGUUUGAAGGGAUCCCUCGUGGACUAUGCAGGUCAGCAUUUGGCCGCUGCUGAAGGUGGAGACGGUGCAGCAGCUGUGCCGCAAAGCGGGUUGGCCUCUGCGAAGGUGACUCCUGUGGAGAUCUCGCUCGCAUCCCAUGCGGUGGCGUCCCACCCUGUCCAUCCCAUCCGUAUUUUGGACGUGCAGAACCAUGGCAGUAUUUUCAGUAACGGUUGGGCGGCCACACACCAAGACUCUCGACGCAGGUGA